ACAUGACGCGCAGCAUCACUCGUCAGCUCUUGCUUUUCCGCAUCUGUUUCUGUUUGCUAGUUCGCUAACGUGAACUUUAGCCAUGUUUUCCUGAGUUUUAUUUAUUUAACAUUUCAUGUAGCAGCCGGUGGUCUUGUGUGACAGUCGGACGGACUUACAUGUUGGUUCCUCUGACUGCCGAGCAGUGCCGCUUUCCAUUCAGUAAGAAGCCGAAGAAGCAAGCUAGCCUCUCAUAGCUAGCUAACAGCUGCUUAGCUUUCAGGAGAAUAACGACGCUGUAAGGCAACCAACCAGGCACAAAGCUUCUAUGAGCUACGACUGGCCCCUAUCAGAGGAUGUAUCCGCCUUCCAGAAAGGACUUCAUCUCUCUGACACUUAAUGAUCCGCACAGUCACACUUACAACAACGGGAAACACCGGAGACAGUCCUGCUGGAGGAAAUGGAAGCAGCUGUCUCGGCUCCAGCGAAGCCUCAUCCUGUUCCUGCUGGCUCUGCUGCUCAUAUUUGGACUGCUCUCCUAUCCCAGCAUGACAGUGCAGUGGAGAGGGUUGUCUGACAGGGAGGACUGGCUGGAGCUGAAUGAUAGAGAGGUGAAGGAUAUUCCUCCCGAGGUGAAGUCUGUAUCAGAUCAAGCUGAAGCCAAAGCUCCUCCUCCCGUGGCAGGGCCACAUAUGGGGCCAGCUGUAGAUCCAGAUGCGGGUGCAGAUGCUGUGGUGGGGCCCAAAGCACCAAAUGUCCCCAUUUUGGCUAAACCUCGCAUUAAGAAUAAGACAUUCCAAAAUAAGAGAGGUCCACCGAGCCUGCAGAAAGAUGGAAAUAUUUCAGACGCAAUCGGUAGGAAGAAGCAAGUGCAAGAAGUGGUUCAAGAUGAAGAAGGAGAAGAGGUGGACAAAGAAAAGAAAAUUGUCAGCUGGAGAGGAGCACUGAUCGAAGCUGACCAGGCCACAGAGCCUCCACCCUCAACCAAUGAGAAAGAAGCUGCGGCGCCCCCAGCCAACCCAGCUGACCCUGUCCCAUCAGAAGCAGGAGCUGUAGACAGACUGGAAGCAGUGCGUGAUGCCUUCAGACAUGCGUGGAAAGGCUAUAAGGAGUACGCCUGGGGUCACGAUGAGCUCAAGCCCAUCUCCAGGUCUUUUGGCGAGUGGUUCGGACUGGGUUUGACGCUCAUUGAUUCUCUGGACACCAUGUGGAUUUUGGGCCUAAAAGAAGAGUUUGCAGAGGCAAAGGACUGGGUAGAGAAAGAGCUCUCCUUUGACAAGAACGUGGACGUGAAUCUUUUUGAGACAACCAUCCGUAUCCUCGGGGGCCUGCUGAGUACCUACCAUCUAACAGGAGACCAACUCUUCCUAGAGAAAGCUAAAGAUCUUGGGUUCAGGUUAAUGCCUGCCUUCAAAACUCCCUCAAAGAUCCCGUUCUCAGACGUUAACAUCGGGAAGGGAAUAGCACACCCCCCCCGAUGGACUUCAGACAGCACGCUGGCCGAGGUCACGAGCAUUCAGCUGGAAUUCAGAGAGCUGAGCCGCCUCACCCAGGACCCCCAGUACCAGGAGGCUGUGAAUGAGGUAAUGAGGCUGGUCCACAAGCUGCCAGGCAAACAGGACGGCUUGGUGCCUAUGUUCAUCAACACCAACAGCGGCCAGUUCACACACAAAGGAGUCUUCACACUUGGUGCCAGGGCGGACAGCUACUAUGAAUACCUGCUCAAACAGUGGAUCCAGGGAGGCAAGGCGGAAGACGACCUGUUGGAAGACUACCUUCAGGCUGUGGAAGGAGUGAAAAAACACCUCGUGAGACAGACGGGGCCCAGCAGAUUGACCUUUGUUGGAGAGUUGUCCCACAGUCGCUUCAACCCUAAAAUGGACCACCUUGUGUGCUUCCUGCCAGGAACCUUGGCGCUGGGGGCCCACAACGGCCUCCCAGGGGACCACAUGGAUCUGGCUGUGCAGCUGAUGGAGACAUGUCACCAGAUGUACCAACAGAUGGAGACUGGGCUGAGCCCAGAGAUCGUCCACUUCAGCUUGCAGGCUAGCGAUGGGAACAACCUUAUUGUCAAGCCUGCAGACAGACACAACCUGCUGAGACCAGAAACGGUAGAAAGUCUGUUCUACAUGUACAGAUUCACCAAGGACCCCAAGUACAGAGACUGGGGAUGGGACAUACUGCUUAGCUUCAAUAACUACACUAAGGUCCUCGGUGGUGGCUACACGUCCAUUAACAACGUCCGUGACCCCUUAAACCCCGGGCCCCGGGACAAGAUGGAGAGUUUCUUCCUGGGUGAGACGCUGAAGUACUUGUAUCUGCUUUUCUCUGACGACACGGAGCAGCUCAGUCUAGACAAGUAUGUCUUUAACACAGAGGCCCAUGCUCUCCCCAUAUGGCCCUCCCCACCCAAGUGAUGUCACCAUACAGGAGAAGUCUGUAAAGAUCAGGCCCACAGGCUUCUGUAUGAGUCAAACACUGUUGUUGCCACUCAAUCAGGCCAUCCCUUAAGCAACCGUCGACGCUGGACUGCUGUGUUGAGCAGCAAAGCAGACCUGUGCCGUCCACCUGUACUUUGAUACGUUUCCAUGUGGAAGGGUAUAUUUUUCUUUUUGUCUUUCUUUUUCCCUAAGGAAAAGGUUUGUAUUAGAGCUGGUCUCUAAUGUAAAACACUUUUUUUUAAAUAAGCUCUUACUAGCUGGCUCCAACAAGUGACAAGAAGGAAAAUGGUGGGACUACUUUACUACUUUGGCGACUGGGAUAGUUCAUGGAUGGAUGGAUGGAUGGAUGGAUGGAUUGAUUCACAACAAUCGUGUCAUGCUUUAGUUUUUCUCCCUUUGUCAGGUAUAAAUCCUCACUAGUCCCACAUAUUCAUGUGUCAUGGCAAUGAAGGUGUCCACAAAUGAAUUGUGUUAAACAGAUUGCUCUAGUGGAGGAGUCUCACAUUGUUUGUAUAAGUCUUUUCUCUGGCAUAUUCCAGUGCAAAAAUGGCAUAAGAGGAGUUAAGAGGAGUUGUUCUUUAUUAUUAUUAUUAUUAUUAUUAUUAUUAUUAUUAUCAUUAUUAUUAUUUAUAUAUAUUUAUUUAUAUAUAUAUAUAUAUAUAUAUAUAUAUUUUUUUUUUAAUCCCUUUUUGGAAUGUCCAUCCCCUGUACUGUCCUAUCCUAAGUGUUUAGGAGCAGUGGACAGUUACAGUACAGUGUCCAGGGACCACUUUCACUUCUGAGGCCUGUGCCUUGCUGAAAAGCAAAUGCCGUGUUUUCCUAAUACCUACUGUGUAUGUCUUCAGUUAAAUAAAGACCUUAGUAAAGUAUUAGAACGGUUAUGGCUAGUAAGCUUGCCAUAACCCAGUAGUUACACAAAUCAAAUUAUUUAAAACCUUAUUGGUGAUAUAUAAUGCAUCAAAGCCUGGUUUACCAUAUCAAAGCACUUUUUUCUAGCUUUCUGAUUUUUUUUUUUUUUUUUUUACUUUCCAGUUUUUUUCUCGCAUGUUUUCCAGACUCCCAUUCACUGGCAAAAACAGCCUUUACCAAAUUGAGGUUGUCUUCUUUGAGGCCACCAGAUUAAAACACUGACUAUAAUGCAUAAUGUCACUAAGAUGGGACAGUUGAACUGUAAAGGCCCCAAUAUGCACUGCAACGUGGGCACUACUUAGCAGUGAUUCUGCAGAUACUGAGAGAUAAAAUGUGAAAUGUGGUGAAGCUUACUGCACAGUAACACCUCUUUGUGUUUUUAAGGGACGUUUGGUUCUUGUGAUUGCUGAUCUUUUCAUUUCGGGUGGCAGUGAGAGGGUGGGCAGAGGGUUUGGGUCAUGUUUAAAGGACCUGACUGUUUGAAAGUGAAAAUGUAUUGAGGUCUUUUGAAUGAAUCAGGGCUGUACACAUAAUGACAUCUUGCUUUAUUAAUGAAUGUAUACAUUUGUUUGUAUUGUUUUUUUCUUUCAGUUUUACAUUUGGUCAUAGAGGAGCCCUUGUUAGUAAGUGUGUUUAUAUGCACUCUACAUUCCCAGUGUUCCCACAGUCUAACCCUGGUUUUGGUUGGUUUUGGUAAAUGGGAUUGUAUUCACAAUUAUUUCACAUUAUAUGAAGGGGAAUUAAUUAAGGCUUUUAUGCAGUCUUAAAUUUGCAAUUGCUGUGAAGUUAAGUAAAAAAACAAAAAGAAAAAAACCCUCUCAGUACAUUACCAUUUCCUGUGGCAGGGAGAUUAUGCAUGCAGACGUUGAUUCAUCCUCUUUUCACGGACGACUUGUUGAAGAAAUUAAGUUUGUUGACUUGUUUUCUUCAUACUUGAAGGAGUUUGAUUAAUGCCAUGUAGCAAUCCCACUGAAUUCCUUUCAUAUGUGAUGUAGAGCAGUGUGGGAGGAGCGCUUGUUUUCUGUACGGUAACUUUGACAAAUCCAUUUGAAGGACAUAUCCGGCGUACUGUAGGAGCAGCUUUGAAGAUGGCUGAACCCCCACUCUGUUAUUUUAUGACUUUCAAUUCUUCAGUCCGAAAAGGAUCCAUGUCUUGGAUAAUUCUUUUUCGCGGUUUACCUAUCUCCUUCUUGUUAAUGAACUUCUGUCUAACAGAGAGCCAUAUGCUGACCGCUGUCAUUGAUUGUGCACUACAUUUCCCAAUGCUCUGCUGUGCCUAUUGAAAUGUAUCUUGUGCUACGGUGGUUUGGUUCUGUUUCUUUAUUGCUGCUGUAUCAGUGGUGUUUAUUUGUGAAGUGCUAUGGGUGAACGUUUGGUUCACGGCUUGUAUUUUUGCUUUGGAUGGGUGGGUGAAGAAAACAACAUGGGUGUAAAUAUUUUGUGUAAAUUGUUUCUUCCCUGUGUACUGAAUUCAACCUGUGUGUUGAUUAUUGAGCCCUUUCUGGACUUGGCAUUCUGUGUCAUCAUGUCACAAAAAAAAAUCUGUUUUAAGCAGAUUUAUUUUGUACCUACUUAAGGCAAUCCAUCCAAAAAUCAAUGACAGUUAAACAUUUAUGGAGACUACUGUCUGAUAAUGACUACUUUUCAGAGGUUUUUGCUUUGUCUUUGACGCAGGGGGAAAUAAAAUAUCCUUAAUAUAUUAGGAAACCUAUAUUUAAAAAAAAAAAAGGCUUAACCUAAUGUGUAAGAACAUCUGUACUACAACUUGACAUUCAUGGUAAUGAUGAUGGUUAAUUAAAUCAACUUUAAUUUCUGUUGCAUAUAAAAAAAUGAAUUGAGACGUAUUACUUAUUUUUAUUUUCUAUUAGCCUUGAGUGUUAAUGAGACCACAUUCAAACCAGCCUUUAAAUGUAAAGGAAGAAAACUGUCAUGAGGUCCUUUCAUCAUCCAGGCCGUGCUGAUCGUUUUUGUGACUUUACAGAAAAACAGCUGCGGAUACUUUUCAAAUAUUGUGUUGCUUUGUAAAAUUGCCAGCAUGUUUACGGAGUGAAGUCCAUGUCUGAAACGCAAAAACUAAAACUAUCCCAUCACUAGGUCCCAUGCGUGGGUGAAGAAGCCAAACUGAAUCUCUCAGUGGAAAUCCGCCAUACCUCUUAUCUAAUUUGAGUUUGGUUUGAUAAGUGUAAUGUUCUCACAAGAAUUAUACAUACGUAUGUAACUAAAUCUGCCUUCCACACUUUAAAGGAGCUGGUGUUAUUCUGGAUGUUCUUAUUGUCGACAAAGACUCAAUACUUCGACUUCCUCAGCCUCUUUCAGGCACUCGGCCCCAAGGCCAUUGGCACUUACUGCAGAUGUAAAUCUUAAAAACGUGAAAUAAAAGUUUAGUUCAUUUUUAAAACGUUUAGUAAUUUCCUAAAACAGCUGGGCAUUGUUUUUUUAGUCGCUAACACAUUUGUUAGAGACUAUUUUCAGAAGUGGAUUAACACAAAUGUUGUUCUCUAAUUAGUAUUUAAGGCGUGUGUGUGAGAAAAUAAAUAUGUGUGUGUGUGUUCAUGGUAAUGAAGAAACAUGUCGCCCAUUGAAGCGGUGCGCCUCACUGAUGUGUUUUUAAUAGUUUUUCUAUAUUUGUAUUAUGAAAGCAUCAUAAACCGGAGAGUUGUGCUACGUUCUGGAUCCAGAGGGAUCUGUCAAGUCAGAACACAAAAAAUCAUCAGAAAAAAGACCACUACAUUUUAAAAUACUGUUAGACAUG